GAGUUCCUCAUCACCACCCUCUCAUUUCUUCAUCCUCCCCCCACCACUGGCUUUCUCUGGGGCCUCCUCCUCCUCUAUUCCUUUGGAGCCCUAGAUUUUGCUAGUUUCUGCUCUUUCAUUUUUAGAGCUUUCAAUCUACAGCUACAUGUUCAGCUUAAUCAGGUACCUUCCCAUCAGCGUGGAACCUGAAAUAUCAACCUAAUGGGGUUGAAAUUUUCAAAGGAGGCACCACCACACAAAACUGAUAGUAGCCUAGGUUUACAUCAUCACAUGAUCCAUUACCUUACCAAGAAUUUUAUUCGUAACUUGGUAUCUAAGCAACGGAGAAGAAUGCUCAUUGCUGGCUACGAUCUUGACAUGACGUAUAUCUCAGAUCGGGUAUUAGCUAUGUCAUUUCCUGCAGAGCGUAUGCGAGCAAUGUAUCGAAAUCCUCUCUGGCAGGUCAAAUCUGUGUUGGAUAUGAGACAUUAUGACCAUUAUAAGGUCUAUAAUCUCUGUAUAGAAGAAAGUUAUGAUUCAUCACACUUCUAUGGACGUGUGGAAGCAUUCCCUUUCGAUGACAAUCAUGUGCCAUCUCUUGCAAUGGUCAAAGCUUUCUGCGAAAGUGUGGAUUCAUGGCUGUCACGUGACCCAAAAAAUAUUGCUGUUAUUCAUUGCAUGGCAGGAAAAGGUAGAACUGGUUUAAUGGUGUCUGCAUACCUAACUUAUUGUGGCAUGUCAUCAGAUGAGGCUCUUCAAUUGUACGCAGAUAGACGAACAACCAAUAAUGAAGGAGUAUCAAUACCAAGCCAACGUCGUUAUGUAGGGUACUGGGAAAGUCUACUAUCAAUCCCUAGGGGCGCUGGACAUGGCCCACCAAAGGUGAACUUGCCUCCACCAUGUAGCAGAGAAUUGCGGCGAAUCCGGCUGUAUGAUACAGUCAACAUUGACACAGUAUUCUUUGUGAUUUCAGAGCUGCAGGAAGUUCCUAAUGAGGUCUAUCGUCCCCCUGUGGAAGUUUACCGCGGCUGUAGUAGACGAGUUAAGAAAGGUUAUCAGAGAAACAACAGUCCUCGCUAUUAUAUCUCUGUUCUUGAAGGUGAUGAAGAUGGGCAUCAAUCAGAAAUAGAAGAACCUCGUAUUGUAGUUCAAAUGGACACAGAGAGUCCUGCAAUAUAUCAAAAAUCAUGUUUGGACCAUUAUUUUGAUAAACCUAUACGAGUAACUGGAGAUGUACGCGUCACAUUCUACGAGAAAAUGAUUGGAGGCCGUCUUUUCUACUGUUGUUUCAACACAGCUUUUAUUAGGAAUAGCUUACUUCAGCUCACAGUAAAGGAUUUGGACAAAGUUGGGAAAAAAGGAAGAUCAAUAUGUGGCCCUUCCUUCUGCCUAGAAUUACUAUUUGGUCCCGCUAAUACAGGAUAUUCAUCAUCCAGUGUAUCCAUUGGCGAAACUGAUGAUUCAUUCUAACAUAUAUCUAUGCAAAAGAAAAAGAUAACAUGAAACACCAUGUCCAAUUCUUUUACUCUUCCUGCUUUAACAUAUUUCCUGCAAAAUGAGUGUCCCUUGCUGUGUUGUUUAGUAGUGAACUGAUUCCUCCAAUUGUCUUGCCUUCUAAUUUUUCAUUGGCUAAAGGCAUGAGGAGGUAGUGUAUUAUUUUGUACUUAGUGAUCGAAUAGCAUUUUGCAGAAAUGAGGUUAAGAGCAUUAUAAUACAAAAAAUUGUCAGUUUUCUCUUGACUUUUUCUUUUUGGUUACAAAUGGAAAGCAAGUUUUCUCUUGACUUUGAUUCUAAUGUUCAAUUAAUUU